ACAUGUAGCAACCCCAACCCCUUUUUCUCUGUAUUUCCUUCAAAUCCAAAAUCAGCCAACCCUAAAACGCACACAAACUUUUUGUCACUUUCAAUUUUAAAAUCAAUUCAACUAUCAAAAAACUACUAGAUUCCACCACAUCUCUUAAAGAUUUUUUAGGAUUUUAUUUCGAGAAAUCAUUUUGGGAAAUUUUGGGAUAAUGUUGCUGUCACAUAUGGAAACAAAGGGACAAAGAUGGCCAAAUGUUAGAUUGGGUGAAAUAGGAGAUGUAUCUACUGCUUAUAAUUAUGGGCUGCCUGACAUGAUGAUGAACAACUUAUGGUCGGUUUACGAUUUUAACAUACUUCAAGAACCACAAAAUGACCAUAUUUACGGGUUCCCUGAGCAAGGAUCAUCUGAAUUUACGGUUUCUGAUGCCGCUUUAUCUUCUUCGAGGUUUUUGCUUGAUAUGGAACAAAGCAGAGGGAAUGACAUGGACCAAAACAGAGAGAAUGAUGAUCCAAACUCGAUAAAAGACAUAACUAAUGAGACUGAAAUGGUUGAUUCUAAAGUGACACAGAAGAGCGUAAAAGGCCCGCGAAGCAAAAGAUGUAAACGAACUGUUUUUGAAGGUCCAUGGAGCUUUGUGUCAACUCCAUCUAUGGAUGUUUAUGAAUCAACUGAUAAUCAAGGGUCUGCUAUGAGCAAAAGGACUUUGGUGAAUGAGGUCAGUGGACCCGCUUUGAAGAAACAAAAGGGUCAAUCUCUUGAAAACAGUGAUUUUGGCUCGGAAUUCGUUAGUCUGAAUAGUGUUGGUAGAUGGUUAGAGGAUGUGGGGUUUGGCAGAUAUGCAGAUAUGUUUGAACUGCACGAGGUUGAUACAGAAGCAUUGCCUUUGCUUACUCUUGAUGAUCUGAAAGAGAUGGGUGUUCUUGCUGUUGGUCCCCGAAGGAAACUGUAUGCUGCAAUAAGUCGACUUAGGGGCAACUAACUCCUUGUGAAGCGAUCUCCAGACAUGUUAAUGUAAGUAGUAUGUAUCUUCAACAUGUUUUUUUUGAAUACCUUCUGUGACUGAUUAUAGUUGUGUUUUAGAUAAUAGAUGGGUGAAAUGAUCUUUUCUGAUAAA